AUGAGUCCUUUUCUAGACGAACAGAAUGUGCUCAGGAUGGAAGGAAGAGCCGCUCGAGGAUCAUCGUUGGCAUUCGAGCUUAAAUUUCCGAUCAUCCUGCCGAAAAGGCAUCCGGUAACCGACAAAUUGCUCGAGUACUACCAUCAGCAAGUAGCACAUGGCAACAUAGAAACUGCCGUUAACGAAAUUUGGCAACGUUUUCGCGUACAACAUCUGCGGGCGGAGAUGAAAAGGAUAGCGAAAUCGUGCAUCUGGUGCAAAGUAAAAAAGUGCAAGCCGCAAAACCCUAGAAUGGCACCACUACCAGUGCCACGCAUCACGCAAAAUCAGCCACCGUUCAGUUAUACCGGCGUAGAUUUUUGUGGACCGUUUACCGUAACCGUUGGUCGUAGAUCGGAGAAGUCUCUUUGUUCACCUGCCUGA